GAGAGAGAGAGAGAGAGAGAGAGAGAGAGAGAGCUCUGUUGGUUUUGAUAAAACAGUCACCUUUCUAUUGGAUGCUGGUCCCUGAGUCGCGGUGACUGAGAGGUAGGAUUUUACAUUUCCAGGCCCCGCAGUUGACAGUGGUGUGUGCUUUGCAGAGAUAAAACAUGUGAGCGGUUAACAGUCCUCCUCAGGAACCAGGCGCUGUGCAGCCAGAUGCUCGUGGUUAAAACGCUGUAAAAACGCGGUGCUCGCCUUUCAGCCCGGGUUAUGUAGCCAGCCUACAUCCAGGCUCCAGUGCUCCGUCUCUGUGUGAGGCUGACUGCAGGCUGGGCUUGGAAUGCACGUCGCCUUUAUUGUCCAGGACUGGAAGCUGACUGAGCCCCAGACCAGCUAAGGUGAUCCACUGCAUCUCCACCGGCAGCAGCUACCAGAACCAGAGCAUGCCCUGACCUCGGGAUGCGUCCGCCGUGUGCGGGAACAGACGGGCUCCUGUUGCCGCUGCGGUGGCGGAACGGCAAGCAGACGGACCUGCAACACGCCGCCGACAUCUGGUGCGCGUGAGUGAUCCUCGCGCUCUCGCCUUUUUUCUCCGUCAUGCUCGUGCAUUGCCUGAGCUGCAGAGACCUCUGCGCGUUGUCCGCCAGUAGCCGGCUCCUCCGUGCAGCUGUAGACCGGGAAUGAACCAUCAUGGACGCAGGGAAGGAAGACUGGCUCUCUCUCACGGAGAACGGGACUGCUAACUGGACCGCCUCGAGCCUCUACCUCGGCGUCCAGAACUCCACAUCUGGCCUGGGCGCGUGGAGGGACGAGCGGCUGCGGGAGUUCAGCCAUCCCGGGAAGGUGCUCCACGCUCGGGAGGAAGCGUACCGAGACUUCGCCACCACUGUUCAAGUUUUCAUCCUGCUCGGGUCUCUGCUAGGCAACGCAGCUGUUUUGUGGUGCACCUGCUGCACUAAUGUCUUCAAGUCGGUCACUAGCCGCUUUAUCAAGAACCUGGCCUGUUCGGGGAUCUGUGCCAGUCUUGUGUGCGUGCCCUUCGACGUGCUCCUGAACGCCAGCCCGCGAUGCUGCCUGUGGAUCCACACAUUGCUGCUCUGCAAGGCCAUCAAGUUCCUGCACAGGCUCUUCUGCUCCGUCACUGUCCUCAGCUUCGCUGCGAUUGCACUGGACAGGUACUAUUCUGUGUUGUAUCCACUGGAGAGAAAGAUAUCUGAUGCUAAAUCCAGAGACCUGGUGAUAUACAUAUGGGUGCAUGCAGUGGUGGCCAGCAUCCCUGUGUUUGCUGUUAGCAAUGUGACUGACGUGUACGCGACGUCCUCCUGCUCUGAAGGCCACUCGUUGGGGCAUCUUGUUUACAUGGUGGUGUAUAACAUCACCACGGUGAUCUUACCCCUGGCGGCCGUGUUCCUGGCCAUGGCAUUGAUCCGUCGGGCGUUAAGUGCGAGCCAAAAGAAGAAGGUGAUCAUUGCAGCUUUGCGGACGCCACAAAACAGCAUCUCCAUCCCAUACGUUUCCCAGCGUGAGGCUGAGCUUCAUGCUACGUUGUUGUCCGUAGUCCUGGCCUUUGCGCUCUGCAGUGCCCCUUAUGCUGCGCUGGUGGUUUACCGAGCGUUGCCUCCAGGGGCCUCCGAGGCUUCGGCUUGGCUGCGGCUGACUGCUGUCUGGCUGCCCAAAGUGUCGCUGCUGACCAACCCUCUGUUGUUUGUGACAGUGAACCGCUCUGCCCGGCGCUGUCUGCUGGACGUUUUGGCCCGCCUGCAGCGCCGCUACAGCCGCAGAAAUGCAGUCAGCGUCGGGGGUAUGGCUGAAGCGGGGCCGCUGGGGGCCGAAACCGUGGCACGAUCGGGCAGCCAGCUGCUGGAAAUGUUUAACAUCGGCCAGCAGCAGAUAUUCAGACCCAAUGAGGAAGAGGAUGAAGAGGAGGAAAACGAAAUCCCCUCAGUGGCAUCAGCCACUUUCCCAUCCAAACCAGAUGAAGGGGCUGGGUCUGGGAAAGCAGCCACUGUAGGGUCAGGGUCAGCAGCCCAGCAGGUCACUGGGGAAGGAGCAAAGGAGGUGGUGGCUUUACCCUUACCAAAACACUCCCCCAUUCAAUCCUGUGCCUACUCGUCCUCGCAGGUGGCACCAGCCACGCCCAGUGACCCCGAAGACACAACCCAAUUUGGCUUUGGCCCCUUCGAGCUACCCCCUCAGUGGCUGCCCGAGACCAGAAAUAGCAAGAAAAGGCUCCUCCCCCCUCUGGGGAACACGCCGGAGGAGCUGAUCCAGACCAAGCAGCCCAAAGGGCGACCUGAGAGACGCAUCAGCAGGAACAACAAAGUCAGCACCUUCCCCACUGUGGACCCUUAAGAACCAAUCAGCAUGGCAGUUUAUAAAUGAGGGACCUGGAGGUCCUGCACUGCAAAAAAUGGUAUCUUGCAAAGUGAUGUGCUCCUAAAUCUAGUUGAUAUAUCUAAUAUUUACUAUUUUAAGAUAACUGUAAGCUUAAUAUAAAGUUAUUUAACUUACGUCUAGACCAUUUUUAUUCAUUUAUAAUUAUCUCACUAUAUUGGCAGGUCAUUUUUGUUUGUUGUAGGAAAUAUGCUUGAAACCAGCAAAAUUAUGUGUGCAUAUAGUGAGAAAAUUUCACUUGAUAAAAUCACUUAAAACAAGUAAAAAUGGUCUAGAAAUGAGUUAAAUAAUCUUAUACAAUCUCAAAAUGAGAAAUAUUAGAUAUAUAGUCUAGAUUUAAGAUCAUUUCACUUGUCAAGAUGUUAUUUUUUUCAGUGUGGAAAAGCAACAAACCAUUUUUAAACUGAUGAUUCCUUUUCUUUUUUUGUGAAUGUCUUGAUUUUUUUUAUGGUGAUGGAGCAGGAGAGGAAUCAUUUGAACACUUUUAAUGUAAUAAUUUGUGAAAUCAGUAGAAAUCAGUUAAUCUUGGGCACCAAAACACUGUUAAGAGAGGAGAAAUUGAUCUUUCACAGGAAAUGCAAGGAAGUGAUAGAAUUUGUAAUAUGGAUUUAUGUAGAAUUCAAUUUGUUGUACUUGGGAAUAAAAUGAACUGAAAAUG